CGUCGACAUUCUAGAAUAUUCCCCUAGCAGUGAUUGAAUGGAAUGUCUUUGGCUCUUUCUGGGCUUCUUAAGGCUUCCUAGAGUUUACCAACGAGCCAUCCUUACAUAAUCAUUGAAACCCAUACAGCUUCAUUGAAACUGCUUAGAUUGAUGUAUCUUACUGAUUUUACUAAGUACAGUUUAGCUAAUGUUGACAGUUAUUGAUAAAUACACUCUCCCCUAAUUACGGACUAAUAUUCACAAUAAACAACUGACAACCAUCGACUGAUACUGCGACGUUGGUCCAAUCAGUUAGAUGGAACAAUGUUCAAUCUAGCGAUCCAUGAACUGGCUCCAUUAGCUGACUUCUCUCUAUUUAAAUAAUAUUUAUAACCUUUAAAUGUUUAUGUUGACAAUAGCACAAUCGAUCCUACAUAUUGGUCUGUUUUGCUUCUUUGUCUUAAAGGAUUUAUCAUUAAACAAAAGUGACAGUCUAUUCAAAAUACAAAUAUGUCAACUUUAAGUCAACAACGUAAACUAGUUGAACAAUUACGUCAAGAAGCUAAUUUAAAUCGUCGUCCCGCCUCUGAAUGUGUACAAGAAAUGAUUGUUUGUAUGGAACAGAAUCGUGAUAAAGAUUGUUUAGUUUCAGGAUUUGCUAGUAAAAAAGAUAAUCCAUUCCAAGAAAAAGGUGGAUGUGUGGUGAUUUAGGCAAUUUAUUAAAUGGAUAAUAAAACAAAUAAAUGUGUUUAAUUAUGCUCUUAUAUGAAUAGUGAGGGUACUCUCCAUUUCGUCUAUCUACUUCGUAAUACCUUACUAUUUCUGUUGUUGCUAUUUAUGAAUGUAGACACAUUCCGCCUGUAGCUCCUCGGCGGUGUUACUGCCGGUCUCAAGCCCGGGUAAAGGAGGAGGG